UGCAGUUGCUCAUUGCUCGAUACUCGCGGGAUAUAGCUUCGAUAGCUUCGAUUUGGAUUGAGACACAGAGUCGCGCCCCCCCGGAAUCGGCGGUGCCGGGUAAUUUGGUGCGUUUGCGUGCCAGUCGGGGUAUUCGGUGUCCGGAGUCGAGAAUCGCGAAUCGAGAACCGAGGAAUCGAAUCGAGAAUCAAGAGUCGAGAAAUCUCAACGGGCCUCUACCUCCUCCUCCUCCUUCCCCUCCUCUGUGCCCCGGUUGUCGCCAAUAAAUUAUUAUAAUUAGCAUAGUUGAGGGGACACACAGCAGCCGAGUUAAGCGACACCGGAAUUUAGCGCUGUUAGUGGAAAUUUUGUGAAAACAAAAGGGGAAAAAUCCCAAAAAUCCCCGACGCCGACAUGUCCGUCUCCGAUCCGGCGGGCAAUGUCAGCCAGAUCCUGGGGCCAACGCGAGAUCCCCUAGGAAUUGUGGUGCCCGUGACCGUGGUUUACUCUCUGAUCUUUGUCAGCGGCGUGGUGGGCAACAUCAGCACCUGCAUUGUGAUUAAGAAGAACCGCUCGAUGCACACGGCCACCAACUACUAUCUCUUCUCCCUGGCCAUCUCUGACUUCCUGCUCCUGCUCUCUGGUGUGCCCCAGGAGGUGGCCUUCAUUUGGUCCAAAUAUCCUUACGUCUUCGGCGAAUACGUCUGCAUUGGCAGGGGUCUGCUGGCCGAGACUGCGGCAAAUGCCACAGUACUCACCAUUACCGCCUUCACCGUGGAGCGUUACAUAGCCAUUUGCCAUCCCUUUUUGGGACAGGCCAUGAGCAAACUUAGUCGGGCCACCAGGAUUAUUGUGUUGAUUUGGUUAUUGGCCAUAAUAACAGCCAUUCCACAAGCCGCCCAGUUUGGGAUCUUCGCCGAUGACGGCGUGGUCAAAUGCGGCAUUGUUCGCAUUAUAGUGAAGCACUCGUUCCAGCUUUCCACUUUCAUCUUUUUCCUGGCCCCGAUGUCAAUUAUCUUGGUUCUGUACCUCUUGAUUGGCCUGCACCUGUACCGCUCUAGCCGGAUCGAUGGUCCCGCUUUGGUUUCCCGACGCCAGCAGCUGAAGAGCGUGCCCAGUGAUACGAUCCUGUACCGCUAUGCGGGCUCCAGCAAUGCCAUGAAUCUCAACGGAUCCGGAUCUGGAGCAGCAGCAGUGGGUGGCUCGGGGGCACAGCUCAGCUCGGUGAGGGGUCGCCUCAAUCACUAUGGUACCCGGCGGGUGCUCAGGAUGCUCGUGGCCGUGGUGGUGUGCUUCUUCCUUUGCUGGGCCCCCUUCCAUGCCCAGCGCCUGAUUGCCAUCUAUGCCCCAGCUCGUGGGGCUGACCUAAGGGACCAGCACGAGUUCGUCUACACGGUAAUGACCUAUAUCUCCGGAGUGCUCUAUUACCUGUCUACCUGCAUCAAUCCGCUGUUGUACAACUUGAUGAGUAAAAAGUUCCGAGAGGCCUUCAAAGUCGUGCUCUUUGGCAAGAAGGUCUCCAAGGGAUCACUCAACUCCCGGAACAACAUCGAGUCACGUCGUCUGCGAAGAGCCUUAACCAACUCCAGUCAGACGCAGCGCGUCUCUAUUGACUCAGCGGAGCAGCAGCCAAAGCAAACUCUAGUGCAGAACCCUCUAAACGAUCGCCUGGCGCUGGCCAAGCCGCAAGUCGCCUCGCAGUAUGCGGUGCUCAGUGCCCAGAACAACUGAACAACGAACUUCCUGAUGCUAAUUCCAGGCCGGAUUCUUACCAAAGCGUUUAGUAUAAGCUGCUGACGGGCAAUUAGACGUUAAUCGCGACCUCUCUUCUCUCUCUAACUCUUAAACAUUAAGUUUCCAUUCAUGCCGCAUGGGAAAACGAACCUGAAUCGGGCGAAUAUAUGUAUAUAUACGUAUGCCUGAACUAGUCUUUCAAGUAUUCAGAAUUAUUUAGUGUAAGAAUAGUCUCGGCUGCAAGUCUCUGUUAGUUAAACGCUGGGAGACGUACUCUUAAAUAUGUAAGAAGCCAGAGGAGGUAAUAAUAGCUUUCUGUAAAUUUUCCAAAUGAUACAAUAUAAUUAAAUCACCUAGUGAAACGCCCACCUUUUAUAUAUAUAAAUCUUUAUUAAAAACAAACAACGAACCAAUAAAUUAUUCUCAGACAAAUAUUCGAGACUUGAAACAAAGUGUCUAUUAUAAAAUUUAAAAUGUAAACUACACUUUUUCCAAUGAAAUACUAAAUUGAAAUUUAAAUACUAUUUUUAAUUAAGAAAAAGCUAAAAUUAGUAAUUCUUUUAACCAAAAAGAUUCCAAAAAAGCUUACCUUACAAUUCUAUAAUAAUUCUAUAAUAUUCAUAUUUAUGUAGGAAAAUAUGUAAACACUCUAAUGAUAAGAAAUAAGCCUUAAGCGUUUAUAAAUAACUUGAAUCAGUAACCAACUCAAUUCUAAUGACGGACCUAGUUCGCUUACUUAACAGAUAUUUAUGUGUAUAUUAUGUGUAUAUGUCCUAAGGAUGCCUUCAAGGAUUACUUUGAUGUGUUGCAAAUUAUUCCAAAAAUAAAGCUUAGCAUA